AUGGCAGAGAUUCCCGCUCCACGCGCCAGCACCGAUCACUUCGGCGAAAAUUCGGAGAAGGCCCCGCAUCCCCAGGUUGGUCCCUUGCCAGAGGUUCACUUGCUGGGAGAGGGAAGCCCCGGUGUUCGUCGCAUUGAGAUCAUUGCCUCCCAUUUUCACCUGGUGGAUCGCGUUUUUCUCUUUCUCGGUAUUUUUCUUAUCGCGUAUGUCUAUGGUCUAGAUGGCACUGUCCGCUAUACCUACCAGCCAUACGCGACGCAGAGUUAUGGAUUGCACAGUCUACUGGCCACAGUUAAUGUUCUUCGCGCAGUGAUCGCUGCCGCUGCACAGCCCACGGCCGCAAAAAUUGCAGACGUUUUUGGCAGAGUCGAGCUCAUCAUCGUGUCGAUCAUUUUCUAUACUGUGGGAACAAUCAUCGAGACUUUUUCCAAGAGCGUGGAGGCUUUCUGCGCAGGUGCUGUGAUUUAUCAGAUAGGAUAUACCUGCAUCAUGUUGCUUGUGGAGGUCUUGAUCGCCGAUAUCACCUCUACUCGAUCCCGACUCCUCUUCUCUUAUAUCCCUGCGUUGCCGUUCAUCAUCAACACCUGGAUCAGUGGAAAUUUGACGACCGCUGUUCUGAAAGUCACUUCCUGGAAAUGGGGCAUCGGAAUGUUCGCCAUCAUCUACCCUGUUUGCGCCCUCCCUUUGAUCACCGUCUUAUUCAUUGUCCGCCGUCGCGCCAGAGCCUCCGGUCAGCUGGAGUCCUACAAGAGUUCCAUGGAACUGAUCGGUGGUCGCCGCCUCGCAAUGGAGCUUUUCUGGCACCUGGACGUCAUUGGGAUUACUUUGUUGAUCGCUAUGCUCGCCUGUAUCUUGGUCCCAUUCACACUCGCUGGUGGUGUAACCGCACAAUGGAAAACUGCCAAAGUCAUUGCACCGUUGGUAAUUGGUAUUCUAUUGAUCCCUGUAUGGGCAUACUGGGAGAAGACAUGCAAGCAUCCAAUGCUGCCCUUCCGACGCCUCAAGGAUCGUGGUGUAUGGGGUGCCCUGGGUAUUGCGGUUAUGUUGAACACUGCUUGGUAUCUGCAGGGUGACUUCCUGUACACUGUGCUCUAUGUGAGCUUCGACGAAUCGGUGCUGAGCGCGACCCGCAUCACCUCCCUGUAUAGCUUUACAUCAGUGAUUGCUGGAACAAUUCUUGGUUUCAUCAUAAUCAAGGUUCGACAAUUAAAACCGUUCAUUGUUGCCGGAACCUUACUAUUUACCGUUGCUUUCGGUAUCCUCAUCCACUAUCGUGGUGGUGCGAGUGGGUCAAGUCAUUCGGGAGUUAUUGGUGGACAAGUUCUCUUGGGUCUUGCCGGUGGAAUGUUCCCCUAUCCCGCUCAAGCUAGUAUCCAGGCUGUUUCAAAGCAUGAACAUCUUGCUGUCGUCACUGGAAUCUACCUGGCUUCUUACAAUAUUGGCAGUGCCUUGGGAAACACCAUUUCAGGUGCCAUCUGGAACCAAGUGCUGCCGGCAGAGCUGACUCGCAGGCUUGGGAACGCAACACUUGCGGCUGAAGUUUAUGCGCAGCCUCUGCUCUUCGCUGAUGCUAACCCGGUUGGAACUCCUGAUAGAGACAACGUUAUUCUGGCCUACCAGAAGACGCAGCGUCUACUUUGCAUCACUGGCAUUUGUCUGACAAUCCCAUUGAUUAUCUUCGCCCUCUGCAUCCGUAACCCGAAGUUGACGAAAGAACAGACUCUCGCCAAGGCAGAGGAAGAGUCUAUCUCAGAUUUCUAG